AUGGCGGCAGUCGAGCGCGUCUUGGCAGAGCUCGCGCGGCUGAACGAAGCGACGGCAGCCGACGCCACGUCACGGCCUUGUGCAGCUUCUUGUGCUACAGCUCUGGAUGAGUUCUCCGUUGUCUCUGCGUCGUCGUUGGCGCCAGAGGCUGUCGUGAGUGUACCCCACCAUACCCCAACUCGUCCUUUGUCGACCGGACCAUUUGCGUUGCCCCGCGUGCGUCUCACGUCUCCGUACGCUGACCGGUCUCGCGUUCAGAAGGAGCUCGAGGCUAUCGCGCAUCCCCUCUAUGCGCUGGACCGUCUGGGCCCUCUGCAUUGCAGGGAGAAGGACCGUCGUGGACGGCCGAAGAAGGUUACAGUGCCGCCGAGUCGUCUCUUGGCGCAAAUGCCUUUGUCUGCGCCCCGACAGGCGCUUGUACCGACACGAGCGUCGAUUGUGAGCAAUCCACUGUCGAUUCAGUACGAGUUUCGAGCAGUGGGCGGCGGCUCGAGCUCUCGAAGCAGACGCGACGCAGCGUUUAGUACUGCAGUGAGUAAACAGGACGAGUACGCGCGAGGUACAGCAAGUAACCGACCGUUUGUACCUGGUGGCAACUCACUGGCCGAGCUGAAGACGGACAAUGAGGACGAGCGGCCGCUCAAGCCAAUGGACAAAGUGCUGCUCCAGGAAAAAGAGCAGCUCCGGAACCGACUGGUACUAGAUAAGCAUCCAGUAGACUCAACGUCGUUUUCGAGUCUGGUGGAAGACGUGCCGGGACUGUAUGGAUGCUUGACGGUAGAAGAUGUCGAGAGGAUUGAGUCUGACGUUGUGGGAAAUGAGAAGAGUGAAGCUGGUGAAGAGAUAGUAGGGCUGAAUCCUUCAUCACUACUGAAGCCGUACUUGGAGGUUGUGGUGGACCAAGACCAUGUGGCUGCCAUUCGAAGUGCUGUGCUGGAGGAAAAGGCCGCAGACGCAAUGGUACGACAGGACGAAAACGUGACAGUUGGACUGGACCAAUUGCUGCGUGAAAUCGAGGACGAUGGCGAAUUCACCGAGCUGGGGUUCACGGUCGAGAAUGACGAGCAAGAGAUCGUCGAGGACGACUGCUCGUCGUUCGUCAGUACUGAGACGAUGAACGCAGCGAGUGAGACAGUGGCGUCAGAAAACAAACCUGAAGGGCCAUUCAGUGCAAGAGAAGGUGUUGACGAUCCGGAGGCAGAAUUGGAAGCGAUGCUUGAUUCAGAUGCUGCAUCAACAACCCUGACCUUACAGAAGAAAACCAGUUCGACGUCAGAAUGGGCAAGCAUGGCAAGCGUCGAUGUGCGCAACUUUCACGAGAAGGUGCCUGAAAUGGCCAUAAAGUAUGAGUUUGAGCUGGACGUGUUCCAGAAAGAAUGCGUGAUUCAUCUCGAACGGCAUGAAUGUGUGUUCGUGGCAGCGCACACCUCAGCUGGUAAGACCGUGGUCGCAGAAUACGCCAUUGCUAUGUCCCAGAAGCACAUGACGCGCACCAUUUACACUUCGCCCAUCAAGGCGCUGUCAAACCAGAAGUACCGCGAUUUCCGAAGCAAGUUUGGCGCGGACAACGUCGGCUUGAUCACCGGGGAUGUCAGCAUCAACCCGGACGCAAGUUGUCUUGUUAUGACGACGGAGAUUUUGCGGUCUAUCUUGUACCGCGGCGCUGAUAUUAUCCGCGAUAUUGAGUGGGUUGUCUUUGAUGAGAUUCACUAUAUCAACGAUAGUGAGCGUGGAGUGGUGUGGGAAGAAGUGAUCAUCAUGUUGCCCGAACAUAUUGGCAUGGUGUUCUUAUCUGCAACCACGCCAAACCACUUGGAGUUUUCCGACUGGAUUGGCCGUACAAAGAAAAAGAAGAUUCAUGUGAUAUCGACUUACAAGCGACCAGUUCCUCUUCAACACUUUUUGUAUGCUGGAAAGGAGCUAUUGAAGCUGUAUGAUGCCAUAUCUGGGUACCUUCCGAGUGCGUACACUGCAGCCAAGGCCAAGCUUUUUCCUGCAACUAGUAAGUCGGGCGCUAGUGCUCGAGGCGGUAAGACUGCUUCUCGGGGUGGUGGUAGUCGCGCAAAUGCACUUAGCAUUCGCACGUCAGGAGGUGAUCAAGGAGAGUGGACAAAACUUAUCAACACAUUGAAGGACAAAGCGCUGCUUCCGGUGGUGGUAUUUGCCUUCAGCAAGCGUCUGUGCGAGGAAAGUGCAAGCAAGUUGGCCAAGCUUGAUCUCAGUACAUUAUCGGAGCGAUCUGAAAUCCAUCUGUUCCUUGAAAGCAGUGUGCAAAGACUCCAGGGAUCCGACCGUGAGUUGCCCCAGGUUCUCACAAUGAAAGAAAUGCUUAAACGUGGCAUUGGCGUUCAUCACGGAGGCCUGCUUCCGAUUAUCAAGGAAAUGGUGGAGAUCUUAUUCGGCCGCGGCCUCGUCAAAGUAUUGUUCUCGACCGAGACAUUUGCAAUGGGCGUGAAUAUGCCUGCGCGUACCGUCGUGUUUAACGGGACCCGCAAGCACGACGGCAAGAACUUUCGAGACCUGCUGCCUGGCGAGUACACACAAAUGGCCGGCCGAGCUGGUCGUCGUGGACUGGACCCAGUUGGCACCGUUAUCAUCGCAUGCUGGAACGAUGUUCCUGAACCCACAUCGCUGAGAACAAUGCUAGCUGGAAAGGCGACAUCGCUUUCCAGUCAGUUUCGCUUGACGUACAACAUGAUCUUGAAUCUAUUGCGCGUAGAGGUACUGACGGUGGAGGAUAUGAUGAAGCGCUCGUUUUCAGAGUUCCACACGCAGAAGGCGCUAGCGUCAAAGAACAUUCCUAAGCUGAUCCAGAAGGGUAAAGUACUGCUUCAACAGCUUGAGCGGUCCCUCAUUGAAGACUACCCGCAUCUUGAGGCAAGUGGGGAGCUUGCACAAAUGAAAGAGUUUUAUCAGCUGUGUCGCGAUAAGCGUGAGCUGGAAAAGAGGUUGACAAAGUGGCUGCUUGCAAACAAUUUCCAAGCUGCCAAAAACGCAAUAUGCCCUGGCCGCAUUGUCGUUCUUAGUGUGAAGGGACUGCCGUCCGAUCAACUGGCCCUGGUUGUGCGCACCCGAUCCGCCGUGGUGAGCGAUGGUGGAACCACAAGAUCGAAGCUUUCGUUCGACACUGGGCUCCAAAGCUCUGUUACUGCUGACGCUGAUGCUGACCACAACGGCGCAUUUAAGUCCAUUAUGGUGCUAACUCUUUGCCCGGAUGACUACCAGCCUCCGACCGUUGAGAUACCCUCGGCCACCGAGAAGAGCGCUCGCACUUUAUUGGGUAGCGGGCGCAUGUUGCGCAACAAGAGGGAUGAUGACGAUGAUCGCAUGCGCGGGUAUGUGGGCACGAAGGGGAAAUCUGAGAAUCAAGAAAGCACUGAGCUCGUAGCUCCGUCGACUGCCACGCUCCUUGGAAGAAAGUAUGCCGUACUGGAAGUGCCUGAAAGCUGUGUCGACAGCAUCACCUCUGUCGUUGUCUCAACUGUGAACACAAAGACGCUGGUGGCUAUGUCGUCAAAGAAAGAGCUUGCCAGUGGUAUUGAGUCUCUAGCAAAGCUUGAGAAAGAAACCGCGUUGUCACAGAAGGUGGCAAUCGCAUACGUGGAUAUUAUGGGUGAACUGAAGGUCAAUGACCUCGAAGCCGCGACAGGCUAUGCCCAGUGGCAGCAGAUGUACUCGAUGGUGCUCAGCCAUCCGUGUGCCACGGAUUCACCGUCAAAUUCUCGUGUCAUGAGCAAAGUUGAGAAGGUUUUCAAGUUGCAAGCGUACUUGGUACGAAUGACCCGGGAGCUUUCGAAUGACUCGCUGUCACUCUUUCCGGACUUCAAGAAGCGACUCAGCGUGCUCAAGCGACUCGGGUACAUCUCAGAAGACGGCGUCGUGCAAGUGAAGGGUCGAGUAGCCUGUGAGAUCAAUACGUGCGACGAGCUGGUGUUGACGGAAAUGAUCUUCGAAAAUGUGCUAGCGAGCUUGGAGCCAGAAGAGAUCGUUGCGGUGCUUUCCGCGCUCAUCUUCCAAGAGAAGUCGCAAUCUGAGCCGACACUCACCCCCACUUUGGAGAGCACGCGCGAGAUGGUCAAGAAUAUUGCGGAAUCGCUAGGUCUUAUUCAACUGGAGCAGCAUCUGGAAAUCGAUCCCGCAGUCUACUGCAGGGGUGCUCUCAAUUUCGGCUUGAUGGAAGUUGUGUACGAAUGGGCACGGGGAAUGCCAUUCAAGCAAUUGUGCGAGCUCACCGAUGUCCAAGAAGGCUCGAUUGUGCGCUGCAUCACACGCUUGGAUGAGGUGUGUCGCGAAGUGCGCAAUGCCGCGCGCAUCAUUGGCGAUCCACAGCUUUACCGCAAAAUGGAAGUCGCUUCGGAGGCCAUCAAACGGGACGUUGUGUUCGCGAGCAGCUUGUACCUGUCAUAG